AGACAAAAAUCAAGCACUGCGAUAACUAAGGGAUAAGCUCAUUCAUAGCAAUCGAUUGGAUCUCAAGAAGCUUUCACGCAGCUGCGACAUCCAUCGAUCUACCUCGUCUCGACACUCUCCCCCUCUCAUCGACACCCAUCUCAUACCCUCUCUUAUGAACCUGUCCAUCGACGCAGCUCAAGAAGCUCUCAAGAAUCCCUCCUCCGAAUUCAAGGACAUACUGAACGAUCCGAGGGUACCUACAAAAGCUAUGGACGCUAUGAAAGCCGAAGGGUUCAAGCCGGAGAGCAAGGGUAAUAAACAGCGAGAGGGGACGAGCGAUCUAGGGGACGGGCGGUUACAGGUCGUCAACGAGAAACAAGAGUUCAGCCCGAAUCUGUCAAAGUAUAUGGGGAAGUGGGGUCUGCUGGAUAAAGGUUUCGCCUACGAUGUCGUGGCCGUCUUUGGCUCUCAGAGCACCGGAAAGAGUACCCUGCUCAACAGGUUGUUCGGAACCAACUUUGAUGUGAUGGAUGAGACUAGGCGACAACAGACUACUAAAGGUAUCUGGCUGUCUCCUUCUAUCUACUCGCCGACGAUCGUGAUGGACGUCGAAGGUACCGACGGACGGGAACGAGGGGAAGACCAGGACUUCGAACGAAAGAGCGCGCUCUUCAGUCUGGCCGGGACAGAAGUCUUGCUUGUCAACCUUUGGGAACAUCAGAUCGGGUUGUACCAGGGUGCCAAUAUGGGACUCUUGAAGACGGUCUUCGAGGUCAACCUCGGUCUGUUUGGGGGUUCUGCACCUGGAAAGGACAAGCAAGGAGACGGUGCGAUCCGAGCUAAGGGGCACGAGAAGACGCUAUUGAUGUUCGUCAUCCGGGAUUUCGUCGGUUCGACCCCCCUGGCGAACUUGACGCAAACUUUGACGCAGGACAUGGAGAAGAUCUGGGAUGGUCUAUCCAAGCCUGACCACCUCAAACAGUCAAAGCUAGGCGACUAUUUCGAUCUCACAUUCGCCGCCCUGCCGCACAAGGUGCUCAUGCCCGAAAAGUUCGAGGAGGCCGUGGUCGACCUGAGAAAGAGGUUUACCGAUCGAGAGAGGGACGAUUUCGUCUUCAAGCCCGCUUACCACAAACGGAUCCCCGCGGACGGUGUCGGGUUCUAUUUGGAUGGCAUUUGGCAACAAGUCUUGGCCAACAAGGACCUGGAUCUGCCUACUCAGCAAGAACUUUUGGCUCAAUUCCGAUGCGAUGAGAUUGCCGCUGUUGUAUGGGAACAGUUCGAGCAGGCUUCAAAAGGUGUACGAAAGCCUGUUGAGACUGGUUCCGUGAUGGAUGGCCUGGGUGGGAUGAUGGGCGACUGGAGGUCCACCGCACUGAGCAAAUUCGACAAGGACGCUUCCCGAUAUCACCCUGCUGUCUACAUGCGCAAGCGGGCAGAAGUCGCCAAAGCUAUCGAAGGCUCGUUGAUGCCGCUCUACCUGGGUCAACUGAAGAACCUCCAUCACAAACAACAGGCUGCGUUCAAGAACGAUCUCGAGACGGCACUCAAGAGGGAAGGUAGCGAUUUCGCUGUGGCCAGUAAGGAGUGCAGAGCUAGGGCGGAGAACGCGUUCAUCGCGGGCGCUGAAGAGAUGCAAAUCAAGGAAGUCAACUGGAGUCAUGAGGACGAACUGAAAUCGCUCCGCCGGGAUCUCCAGGCCAUUGCCGACCAGUGCCGAUCAGACGAGACCAAGAAGAUGGUCAUUUUAAUCGAGCGAACCGUCAAGAAACAACUCGGCGAGCCGGUGGAAGUGUCACUAUCCAAGCCUUCGGACAAGAUGUGGGACGAUCUGUUGAUCACCUUCAAGGCGGUCCUUGCGAGAGCCGAGAAGCUUUACAUGGCACGAGCGAAGACCUACAACUGUACAGACGAGGAAAACGAUGCCAACAUCCAGGUAUUGCGCCGACGAGCGUGGACGGCCCUGCAUGGCAAAAUCAUGGAGCAGCUUUCAGAUCACGCGAUCAUGGCCAAGUUGAGGGAUCAGUUCGAGGACAGCUUCCGAUACGACGCUUCGGGCGUACCUCGGGUAUGGACGCCGAAUGAUGAUAUCGAUGGGGAGUUCCGAAGGGCAAAAGAGGAGACGUUAGACUUGAUCCCGCUGUUCUCAAGAAUCACUUUCCGAGACCAGGAAGCCGAGUUUAGUCUACCAGUAGACCUCAGCUCUUCCGACCCCGACACCGAGUUCGACUUUGAAUCCUCGCUUCAGAUCCUGUCCGAGACAAAGAAGCUGGAGCUGGAAAACAGGUUCAAGAAGGACGCCGACGCCUACUAUGUGGAAGCCAAGCGGAGUAUCGUCUCGACCAUGUCGCAGAUCCCGACAUGGGUUUAUGGGUUGUUGCUUGUAUUGGGGAGGAACGACUUGAAGGGGAUCCUGUUCAAUCCGUUGCAGAUCGUCAUGGUUGCCAUCUUGGGAGCCGGGGUAUACCUCUUGUACUCGUUGGGGAUGAUGUCACCGCUCAUCCGAACGGGUCGAGCCUUUUUCGAAGAGUUCCGAACGUGGGCACUCGACAAGCUACGCGAGCUACUCAAUGAGCAACCGGAACCGACGCGUUCGAGAGGGGAUGUCAAUGCCGAUGCGGUGAACGGCGGGAACCGAACACAGACACUGAGGCGGAAGGAGACGAUUGAGAUGCAAGAGCUGUAGGCAUUGGGGUGUUAUUGUCUUGAUCUUGUAACGGAUACCAGGAAAAGAGCAUCGUCAGUGAUCAGUGAUCAGUGCUCGAGCAUCCUUAUCAUAUCAUGAGCUGGAAUCCGAAUAUUGCUUCCGAGCGGAUGCUUCGUCAUGGAUGGUCGAUAGCUA